AUGUCUAUGCGGAGGACAUUACGGCAGACGCUCAAACUCCAGUGCGCCAAUAAUGUCCUCCCUUUCCGUCUCACACGACCAGCUUUCCGCAGUUAUAAUACCCUCACUCUCAAUGCCGCCGACCUGUCGUUCGGUCAACCGGUCCAUGAGACUCAUCCACAUAUCCUCCAGCCAGGAGAGCUGACUCCAGGAAUCACCGCCCAAGAAUAUGCAAAUCGUCGAACAAGACUCGCGACCAGGCUGCCAGACAAGGGGAUUGCAAUUGUCGCAGCCUCUGACAUCCAAUUCCGUUCUGGUGGCGCCUUUUACGAAUUUCACCAAGAUCCCGAUUUCUUCUACUUGACUGGUUUCAACGAGCCUGAAGCUCUUGCAGUCAUCGGGAAAGAUGCCACGGGCACAGAUCACACAUUUCACCUUUACGUGCGAGAGAAAGACCCUCGAGCGGAGAUAUGGGACGGUGCCAGAUCAGGUACGCAGGCUGCCAGCGAUGUGUUCAACGCAGAUGAGACGGGAGACAUCACAAAGCUUAAGAAAGUUCUCCCAGAUCUGGUAGGCGAGGCCUCACAAGUGUACACAGACCUCACCGCUCCGGAUCCCAAUCAAUCGGCUCUGCGGCGAUUUCUCUAUGGAAUACCCCGGAAGACUACUGAAUUCGCCAGGCUCAUCGAAUCCAGUAAGGUGCAUCGCCUUCGACCGAUCAUGAACGAUCUACGAGCUUUCAAGAGCCCCGCCGAGAUAGAAGUCAUGCGCAAAGCUGGGAGAGCGUCGGGGCGUGCACAUACAGAAGCCAUGAGAGCAGCGUGGACGCGAGAAAAAGAACUCGACUCAUAUCUCCGCUAUCGGCUUGCCGCGAACGGGAGCGACACCAUUGCUUUUGAACCUGUCGUCGCCGGUGGAAGGAAUGCGCUCAGCAUUCAUUACGUGCGCAAUGAUGAUGUUCUGCAGGACCACGAACUGGUGCUGGUAGAUGGUGGUGGGAAAUAUGGAGGCUACAUUGCCGACAUCACACGAACCUGGCCUGUAACUGGUAAAUUCAGCGACGCACAGCGAGAUCUUUACCAGGCGGUCCUCACGGUGCAAAGGUCCUUGAUUUCUCUCUGUCGAGGCAGUGCGAACCUGUCUCUCGACAAACUCCACAGUGUUGCGGAGGAAUAUCUCUCGAAUGAACUGAGACAAAUCGGAUUCGACAUGUCAUCCCAAGCCAUUGAGACACUAUUCCCGCACCACUUGAGCCACUACAUCGGCCUGGACGUGCACGACACGGUUGGCUAUACGAGGAAGACUGUCCUGCAAGAGGGACAUUGUAUCACUAUUGAGCCGGGGAUUUACGUACCAGAUGAUGAGCGCUGGCCGAAACAUUUCAGAAACAUGGGUGUGCGGAUCGAAGACAGCGUCAGUGUGCAAGAAGAGAACCCCUUUGUUUUGACGACUGAGGCAGUUAAAGAGAUAGUCGAUAUUGAGGCACUGAGAGAUUGA